AAGUAACAAAAGCAUGUCAAUAAACUCUACAUGUCUGACCCUUGGUGUGAUUCUCUUUUUCCAGUGUGGCCCUUAGUGAAAAUGAGUUUGACACCCCUGGUGUCCAGGAGCAAUAAGUCUGCUGCAUUUGUAAAAAGGAAACUUGUGUUGAUACAGAACAUGUGUCUGUGUAUGUGUUGUUUUAAAUGCUUCUUGAUUAUUCAAGGUAUGAAUCUGGUGAUUUUUAAUGAAAUUCUGUAACAUCACUGCACAAUACAAUAAAUGUGCCAACAAUUAGGGACACCUUUCUUAAAGCACACCAAUGUGCUAACUCUAGAUAUAAGCCAUUAUAAAAUACAAACUUUAUUAAAUACAACAGAAAGAUGUAGUAAUAUGGAGGGAUUAAAAAGGUAAACGAUUUUGAAGAUAACUAAGGUGUGAGUAAUACAAUAAGCUUUAGUCAAUAACAGGAAAAUAUUGUUUACAAUUAUCAAAACAAUGUUUUACAAAUGAGUCAGCUGCGGAUGUUUUUUGUUGCUUUCUUAUCAUGAAAGAAAUCUAAAAGCUGUGCUAGCUCCUAUUUUCUUUAUGGAAUACAAAUCUAAAAAGGUAAAAAACUAAAACUGCUUUGCAUAUGUUUCAUGUGGAUUGAAAAUGCACUCAACAAAUUUGUUACAACAUGUUUGUUUCCAGACUUUGGAAUGCCCUUUCUGAGUAGAACAGACAUGUCAAAGCGCUGCUUCAUUUUAAAUCACUCCUCAAAACACACUUGUAUGAAGUGGCUUUUGAUUCCGACGCUUUUUAUGUUUGUUUAUUUUGGCAUUUUACUUUUUUAUGUUUGAUUCAUUCAAUUGAUUUUAUAUUCAUAUUUGUAAUUUGUAAUUCAUAGCUUUGCCUCUUUUUCAUGUAUGCGCAGCACUUUGUAAAUCUGUUUUUGAAAAAUGAUACAUAAAGUUAUUAUUAUUAUAGUUCUGCAGUCUUCAGACGGAGGCUCUUAGACUCUGAUUUCCUCCUAUUGUCAGUUUCAUAUACCAAAUGACAUCACCAACAUAAAUGACAACAGAUGUUGUUUACGCUGAACUGAAUUUCUUAUUCAUGCACUCUCACUAUGUUCUCGAUCACUUUUCUUUGGAAGUAGCGAAGAAGUAGCACAUCCUGCAGAUCACUUUUCAUUUAUUCAAUGAGGAUGUUUCUCCUGUUCUGCGUCCUCUGCCUGAUGUCUUCUACUGGCUACAGUCAGCUUCCAGGACCUCCUGGUCCUAAAGGUGACCCAGGAUUUCCUGGGCCAUCUGGGCCAUCUGGGCCACGUGGGCCAUCCGGGCAACCUGGACUGCCUGGACCGCGUGGACCGCCUGGACCGCGUGGACCGCCUGGACCGCCUGGACCGCCUGGAUCUGCUGUAUUCUGUGGACGAGGUGUCCCUCGACAGGAACUUGAAACCUUAAAGAACAGCCUCGCUAAGUUAGAGCUGGCCAUGAACUAUGAUUUUGUCCGAAGAGUUGGUCAGAAAUACUUUGUGUCCUACAAGAAGAGAGACUCUUUCUCUAAGGCCGUCGAGUUCUGCUCCCAACGAGGCUUAGAGCUGGCUUUGCCCCAGAACGAGGACGAGAACAACAUACUCACUCAAGUGUUUGGGGAUGAUAACAAAACAGCCUGGAUCAACGUCAACACUAACAAAGCUGAGGGGAAUUUUGAGGCCGAUAUGAAAAACCGACCUCUGACCUUUACCAAAUGGGGAGAAGGGCAGCCAGACAAAUCCAUCCAGGAUCCAGGCUGCACCAUGCUGUCAGAAAACGCAGUCUGGAGAGUGACACACGAUUGUUCUCUGAAUGCUUACAUCAUUUGUCAGAUGUAGAAAGGUCUUGUGUUCCAGAUUUGGAACCAUUGCUCUCAGAAAUAUUUUCUUUCAGAUGUUACAGUUACCCAAAACCACUGUCUUAGAUCUUAGUCCUAACUACGGAAACAUUUGCAACAAUUGCAUCAUCAGCAUGGCAUUAAAACGGUUUCACAGACAUAUUACAUUAUGAAAUGUUUACAAUUAAAGGAACAAUAUGAUAGAUGUAUAGAAACAACGGUGAACUCUAAAAGCAUAUAGUACGUCACAAUAAAGUUUACAGCAGUGAA